UCUCUACCUACUUCCUCAUCAUAGCCAAAAUGGCAUCCUACGGCUUGUUGGCUUUGAGCACAGCAAUUUCAGCUUUCACAUACAGUCACAUCUGGCUAAAUGACUCAGCAUUCAAGCAAUCCAUCCCAAAAGUCGUCAAAGCAUGUGGAACUUUGGUUCCUUUUACCUCGCUAAGGGAAGCAGAUCCUGUCACCGCUUUGAGGGAAUUGAUUUGCGUUCGACUGUCAUUCUUGCGUCUAUUAUACGCUGACCAAGCAGGAUUUGGAGCACUUUUGGUAUUUGCAUCCGUUUUUGUGCCUUUCUUCCUUCGUCUAAGCUACCAAGCUGCUUCUCCAAACACACGUUCACUCUUGCAAGGGCCAAUCUUGCCAACAUUGGCAGUAUUAAUCACAAGCGCUGAUGUUUUACUGAUCGGAAGUGGUGUAGCAUUGUUCAUUCCAACUUUGAUCGCUCUGCUAUACACCCUUGGCGCCUCUCCUUCAAAAGCAUCCGCUCUUCCAAAGCUACCUUGUCCUGCACAGGCUGUUUAUGGCGCAAAUCUCACUGCUGCUUUCUUGUCCGCCUUUUUCAUCGGUACACUGAUGUACGAUGAAGAACUUACAAGUACUGAAUUCUGGUGGGAGCAAUUCGUGCCUGAACAAGUGUUGCAAUACACAAACAUCCUGACACACGUCAACGAUCUCUUCUCAAACGUCUACCCAGUCGUGAUUCUACCCAUUCUCUGGCUAGGUUACCACAGCGUAAAGCGGAUCCAUAAUGAAGAAGAUGCAAAGAAACAAUUGGACUACUAUUUGGCAGCUGAAAUUGCUUAUGGAUUCGAGCGUACAUGGGCAUAUUAUCGUCAAGCUGGAUUGCUCUCGUUCUUAGCAUACCUUUAUGGCGUUUCACAGAUUUAUCGUGGUGUGGUUGCCACAAAGAAGAUCCCUGGUCCAGCAACGCAAUACAUCUUACUCGUUUCACUUUUGAUCACCCUUGCUUCUCUUACCAUUGCAAUAGUAGACGCACAAUCGGCCCCAGAUGAUGGACUGGAUGAAGAAGCUAAAAAGGCAAUCGAACGUGCACCAGCAGGCAAUCCUGGCGUGGAAGACAAUAUUAAAGUUUUGGCUGUUUUGUCGCUCGUCACAGGACCAAGUAUGGCAUUCAUGCUCUGGUACGCUCAUCAAGAAGAAAUUCGUGGUUGGAAAGGCAGAAGGGCAUGGAGACAAAAUUCGGCUAGCAAGGGCGAACUUGCAGUCAAAUGAUACCUUUUUAUCACCACAAAAACAAAACUCAAUUCUUCCCCUCCCGCUCUUCCUGCUUUUCUCUAUCAUUACACAUGUUCAUUGCCCUUAUAGAUAUAAUACAAAUGCCUUUCGAAUGCCAAUUGUUGUAUAAACAUUAUCCUUUCAUCUUUUCUUCUUCAGCUACUGCUUGUGCUUUUUGCUGUUCUACUGAUUCUGCGAUACUCUUGUGUGAGCCUUGUUGAGUGAUUACAUAUUGUUCUUUAUCAC